AUGAGUGAACCUGAUCCUAUUUAUUGUACAAGAAGUAAUUUUAAUUAUUUAGAAGGAUUAGUAGAUAUUAAGGUUAAUUGUAGUAAUGAAAAUAGUAAACUAAUCUCAAGAAUCAAUGAUUGUAAAUUUGGAAGAGCAGCUUCAGAAUAUAGUUGUAGUGGGGGAAGUAUGGUUGGUAUUAUAUCAGAUAGUAGUGAUGCAUCAAACUUAGACUCCUUAUCGCCUAUCAAAAAUGUAGAGUUGUCAGUUUCUGAAGUUUCAACAAUAUCUUCUGCAAGAUCAAAUAAAACAGAUAAACUACAGAGGGGACGUUCACCAAGCUUGUCUUACACAACUACAUCAUUAAUAGAUAAAAGAAAUGGUUGUCUUCUUCGUUCAAAUAGUAAUCGGGUAGUCAAAAAUAUGGAUAAUAAAUCUACAUCUACAUUGCUUAUUAGCCAGAAUGAUCGAAUGCCUGCAAGUGUUGUCAGUAGAAAAAAGGCCAAAGAUUCUCCAAGAAAAUUCCAAGGAAGUAUGAUACUAUUUAACAAGCUAAGUAGUUCAAAUUCUUUCAAUGAUCAAUCAAGUCAAGAUGAGAAAAUUAGGUCUUCAAUUUGCUUUUUUACUGAAAUAUGUUCUUGCAUGGGAUUUAGAGUUAAAAAUGUAAAUUACUAA